ACUCUAUGGGUGACGUCACGGACACUACAACCAUGAGUUCAAUCUGAGUAAAAUACAUUUUACACUACACAAUUAUACACUGAUAUAAUUGGGUAAACUGGCAGUGGGUGGAUCACACAGACCGACACACAAAAACUGACAUUUUCAAAAGAGAAUGACUGGCUGUAGCAUUGUUCUUAAAUAUCUGCAAACAGAUUAUGCUAUUUUUAUGCUUUAGUACAGUCAAAAAAUUACACAGAGCCCCUUUAAGUCAUAAUUUCCAGAGUGAAAAUGCAGUUUUCUAGUUCUAAAAUAUUAGUUCCAAAAUAUUAGUUAUAAACAAAAACCAAAAGUGAAAAUUAAUUUGUCAUGAGGGAACCCUGGAGACUGUUUUACUUUUAGGUGUCUUUUGUAAAUGGCAGAUGUCAUGAUUUCAAAUAAAUAUAUUCUUUUGGUGCAAGUUGGUGAAACUGAUUUCAUGGUCACUUCCUGAUGAAACUGAAUAUCCUCACUGAGAUGUCGUCACAUGUUCAUAUUACUCGAGUGAGCUCCAGAUGAGACAUCAACAGAAGGCACGAACUGAUGAACAUUUAUCAGGAUGUGGGUUUUGAUUGUGUUUUUCAUCAGUCUUAAAGAUCGCGUGAAUGGUAAUCAGGAAGAGGUAAAGACAGUGAUGGAGGGAGACGUUCUGACUCUACAUACAGGAGCUCAACUGAAGAGAGACUCUGAGACAACGUGGCUUUUUAAAAGUGGCAACCAAACAACCCGUAUAGCACAGAUUAAUAAUGGAACAGUUUUUACCAGUUUUGAAGAGAGACUUGCUGGCAGAUUGCAUCUUGAUCAAGAGAACGGAUCAUUGACCAUUUGGAAAAUCAGUACCAGUGAUUCUGGACUUUAUGAAGUAUCAUUCACCAUCACGUUACACAUCUCUGAGAAGAAGUUCAAAGUUAAUGUAUAUGCACCUGUCUCUGUACCUGCUAUUGAGUGCAACUCAUUGGUUACUGCGCACCAAUCUUCAGGUACUUUGAAUCAGUCACAAGCAGUAGAAGAUUUCUGCUCUGUGUUCUGCUCUGUGAGAAAUGAUCGAGAUGUAUUCAUCUCGUGGUAUAAAGGGGGUGAAAUGGUGAAUCAGACCAGCAAUCCUGAUCUCAGCAUCAAACUCAGUUUACCAUUAGAGCUUCAUUAUAAUGAUUCAGAGAUCUACAGCUGCACGGCUGCAAAUCCAGUGAGCAACAAGAGCGUCAGUCUUCACAUGAACGAGAUCUGCCAACAAUGUAAAGAUUGUCUGGAUCAUUGUGGCGUCACUGAAGCUCUGAUUCGACUGGUUUUGUCUGGUCUGGUGGGAAUCGCCACUGUUUUCUUUCUGGUUGAGCAUGUGAGGAUCUCCUCAUCUCAGAGAAGAGCUGCUGCUGCUGUGUGAUCAUAAUAUAUUUUAAUGAGAGGUUGCAGGCUGUGAACUUUGACAUUGAAGGAGGUUUGCAGGGUAAAGAGUUUAAAAUGUAAAGCACCUCAUUUAUUACUUUGGAUAAAGCUAUCUGCUAAAAUGAUAUGUAGUAGGCUAAGUGUGACCAGUAUGCUUUACAGGUUACAUAAAAUGCACACAAACAUUUAUACUAACCUAAAUAUAUUUAUGUGUGAGUAUGAAUGUUUAAUUUGUAUGUUUGGCGGUGUGACUGUUAUAAUCAUUAGUAAUGUGUUAAAGUUUUGCUUGUAACUUUAAUAGCUUAAUUUUGUUCUGUGUUUCAGAGUAAAACCGAUAUUAAAAUAAAAUUAGCAGACAGCAUGAAGAUCCCGUCUUUUUUAAUGAAGUAUGGUUGAUCUAGAAAAAAAAAGUUUUUACGCUCGUCAAUGUUUUUAUUAAUUAAACGUCUAUUAAAGUUUCCUCAAUUUAAUUAUUCAGAUAAAAGUUUGUCAAGAACGCUGCUUGAACAAGAAAUC